AUGUGCACUCCAAAUGGCAAUGGGUUUUAUGGGGAUGCCAUGUAUCAGACACACUUUUGCAUCCGAAACAAGCAUGAAAAUGGCCUUAUUGGAGUUACGAAGUCACGUUUUUUUGGCUCAUAUGGGGAUUCCGAAUCAUGUAACUUGAUUGGGAAUUCCGUCUCGCUUCUGCCGUACGGCUAUAUGGGGUGCACAAACAACGGAGGCUCACCCACAUCUACCGCAAAUCAAGAUAUAUUACCUGCGACUUCCUUUCCCUUGGCUGUUAAUACUGCUUCUGUUAGUAUUGUUACCCCCACUGCUGUAAUACCACCAGCUUCCCAUGGUUCCACCAAUACAGUGGUUACUCCUUUGUCUCAGCGGCUUCAACGGCAGGCAGUUGUUGUGGUUAAACUGGCUGAUGGGCAGCCAAUCCCAUGCAUACCCGUCCAGCAAUUGGUUUUGGCGAGACCGGCUCCUUUAAAUCCUGCUUCACUGCUUACGAGCGAGGGUUUCCAAGGGAGCAAAAGCUGCAGCAGUGGUGUGAGCUCUCCGGCUGAAGGCGGUCCAAGGGGUGCUGGAGAAGGAGUUAUAUCCCCAUUAAAAUCAACGAGUUUUUUGGAUGAACAGGCAAUAAAUACUUCCCGGGCCACGGUUUUCUCGGUUAUGUCACCUGUCACACAUGUUUCUUCAAAGCCAUUGUCUUUUGCGUAUCAUCCGUCAGCGACACCAUUGGCUCAAAAUGGGAACAAUGUUUUGCAGCCAGAACCUGACAAUAUUAGAAAAAGUGAUUUUGACAGGAGAAAUCCAACACCCACCAACAACAAGGGUACGAUUAGUAUUAAAAGUCAGGGUGAUUUUGCUGGUGACGAGCUCCGCGUUGAUGUGUAUUCUUCUGACUUUAGCUGUAUUAUAUCUCUUUCACCUUCCGCAAUCUUUCACAAGCCACACCCUUCAUUGGGUGUUUCUCGAUUGGUUCUUUGUCGAAAAUAUUUCCCUGGUCGCUCUGAUAGCUGCUGGAAGGGUGCCAUGUGCAAAUUUGUGCAUGCCGAUACGACAGGUGCACCACGAUAUUCCAUUCAUGUUAACUACUCUUGGCGAAGCGCAGAAUGCUGCACUUACCCGCGUCUCCCAGCAGGCGAAAUGAUUCAUGUUUUGGCACCAAAUGGUCGACAACCGUUGGAGACUUUUCCGAGUGAACGCAUUCUGGUUACACGUGGUAGCAUCAACUGGAAAAGCCGUAUUGGACCACUUUCACGUUGCGCUCACUACUACUUCAACUGUCUUUGCAACCGGGGUGAAAAAUGCAACUUCAUUCACACAGUUUAUGUGGAUCUAAGUGUGGAGGGCGAAUUUAAGCGUGCCCCGGCCUCCAGAACUAUUCCACCGGCCAAAAAGCGGGCAUCACGGGCAAAAUUAUUUGCUUCAUCACGAUCCGAUGUGGCUGCUAAUGGUUGUGUCUCCGUGAGCAAGAAGAAACCAGUUUUGAUGCAACCAUCACGGGGGUACAACAAUAUCCUUUCUGAGGAUUUUUACAUAGAUGGCGACACGGUGCCAACCGCAAAUCAGAACCUUGACCUUGCAAUACCAAAACACGUUACGGACUCCUUUUCCCACACAUUAUUGUCCGUACGUGACGGCAGCGCGCGCAGCAGCACCAGUGGGGAGACGAGGCCGAUUGAAUGGACAUUUGUGGAUAAUUCGGAGGAUUUAAUUUUGUCAGAAGGGGAAUCAGCUUUCCAGGUCUCAUAA